AGUCUACGUAUUACACAUAUACCCGCCAAAAUGGGUCGUCGUUUCUUCGUCGGUGGUAACUUCAAGAUGAACGGAUCGAUCUCAUCGGUCAAGGAAAUCGUCAAUAACUUGAACGGCGCAAAACUCGACCCCAACACCGAGGUCGUCGUCGCCCCCUCGGCCAUCCAUCUCCUCCUCGUGCGCGAAUCUCUCAAGAAAGAAAUCGCCGUCGCCGCCCAGAACAUCUACUACAAGAAAAACGGUGCCUUUACCGGCGAGCUGAGCGUCGAGCAGCUGAACGAUGCCGGCAUCGCGUGGACCCUUCUGGGCCACUCGGAGCGCAGGGUGUCCAUGGCUGAGGUCGCGGAAAGCAACGAGUUCCUGGCCGAGAAGGCCAAGGCUGCCCUGGCUGGAGGCGUUGGUGUCAUCUUUUGCUGUGGUGAGAGCUUGGAGAUUCGGAAAGAGAAUAAGACUAAGGAGCAUGUUCUUAGCCAGCUGAAGAGUGCUGCUUCGGCGAUCAAGGACUGGUCGAAGGUUGUCAUUGCGUAUGAGCCGAUUUGGGCUAUCGGGACUGGCGAGGUUGCGUCACCCGAGCAAGCUCAGGAAGUCCACGCAGAUAUCCGCGCCUGGUUGAAGUCGGACGUGUCUCCUGAAGCUGCUGAGAACACCCGAAUCAUCUACGGAGGGAGCGUGAGCGAGAAGAACUGCGUUGAAUUGGCCAAGAAGCCAGAUAUCGACGGCUUCUUGGUUGGAGGUGCUAGCUUGAAGCCUGCCUUCGUCGAUAUUAUCAACGCCAAGUCGGCAUGAAUACAAGGUCCGAGUGACAACCCGAGACGAGACAAAUCGGUUUUGUAGUUUUGUCUUCAAAUUGCUGCAUUGCUGCAUAUACCAACAGUAUAUGGUGCCGAUAGCAAAUGGCACUCACCACUCAUACAAUUGGAAUGCUCUUGACAAUAGUAUUGAACUUGUACAACCGUCGUGAGAACCCAUGCGCCAUUGAUGCCGAUAUAUGUACAAUCUCCAAUCUCUUUCUGCAGCAUACUCCCAUUGUAUCAUAUUUCGUACUUUCUCCCAGCAUGGAACGGACUCCACAUACCCCUAACGUUCUCAUUCGUGCUGAUGACCGGUUUCCUCAUCACCUUCCUGUUCUUCUCCCCGCUUG